UUUGAAGCAUGAAAUGCUUUUUUAAUCACCUGAAAAGACAGGCCACAAAAUAUAAGAAACAAUUGAGAAAAAUGUGAAAAUGAUUGACAACUGUCUGAAUAAUUAAAAACAUGUUAGAAAAACAACCAGAGCAGCAGUCAACAUUUAGUAAAUGCAAGUCGUUAUUUAGGAAUACCAGUUUGCUAUUUGAAUUUCAAACCGAAACAGUAAAACUGCUUGUAUACAACUAUGCCAUCGUGCUACUUAUAGCAAAUCAAGAAGUGGGCUGGAACUACAAAUUCAAUGGUAUGGAAAUAGCAAGUCGCUACGGCCAGGAACUCAUCGAACCGACUAUAUUGUCGAAAUUUGGAUUCUGCUUUCGACUGCUAACAAUAAUAUUAAACACGCUCGCCGUAAAUGUCAUCUUUAGUCCGAAACGAAAUAAUCGCAAAUUCCUAUUGCCAUGUAUACUUUGGAAUUUCUAUAGCAUUACUGCCGUAGCGGAAAAUAUUUUGGAAAUUGUGUGGACCAUGUACCUUUUGGAGGUGCCCUUUCACUUAUUUCUCACCAUUUCUAUGGUUGGUAUAUUUAUGAUUUCUUUACAAAGUAAAUUAACGCUGCAAGUGUUGCGUUUCUAUGAGUAUUUAAAUUAUGUAUAGAAUACAAAGAGGCCGUCAAAAAGCAAAGCAUUGUAAGCCCAAUUAUUAGUAGAUAUAAAAAAUAUAAUAAAAGAUAAACUAUGAUGGCUAAAUUAUCAGC